CAGAGUGUGUGUGCAACCUUUUCUGUCAGUCGAACUUUGCCAACCGUACAGGCUAGUCGCAAUCUGGUCCGCAAAAAAGAGAGAACUUGUUUCAACUAUCUUUCAUUCCACAUUUUCAAUAGUUUGUUUUCUUUUUCAUCUCCUCUACCACGGAAUACUCUUGUUUCCAACAUCACCCAAAGGUUUCUUUAAUUGAAAGAAAAUGUCCAGCAGAGGAGAAGAAACCCAACAUGAUGAAGAACGGCCACGGCCUGUGCGUUUCAGCAUCUUUGGACAAAUUCAACAACAGCAGCAAAGAGUUUCGAUGUCUCACCAUCAUGUCUCCAUCAAAGCUGAAAGUGGGGAAUACAUGGACGAUCGUUAUAAUGACGAAGAGGAUGUCCACCAACACCAAUUAGAGGAUGGGGAAGAUCAACCUUUGGAUUUUUCGGCUAAAAAACCAGAACCUAAGAUCACGGCCAAAGUUGCUGUUAGGCCGAGCAAUGGUCACGAUCAUCAUCAGCUACAUCAUAGCCUCCACGGCCAUUUCCCUACGCCCAGCUGGGUCAUGCCGGCCACCAGUCAUUCGAGUGAAAGCGGAGUAUCGGAUUUGUGUUCCAAUUCACCUCAAUCGGACAAUGAACCACCUAUGCCGGCCAAGAGUCCGCUAGGCGGAUCUCCUCUUGCCCAGCAACCACGUGAAAUCCAGCUGCCUCAACAGCCUAAUCGGAUGCCCCAAGUUCCGUCUCCUUUACCCGCAGCCCUCAGCGCCAUCUAUGGACCGCUUGCAGCUUUACAAAACAGUCGGGCGGCUGUGAAUGGCGGAAUCGAUCCGGCCAUUACGGCGGCCACCACCCAGCUUUUGUCGAAUUUGGCGGCAGUUACAAAUGGUGGAAAAGGUGGCAAAAAUCCUAGACCCUUCAAAGCUUACCCUCGCGAUCCUAUGAGUCUUCCAUUAGGCCUUUACGGAUUACCGAUGGCUGGAAAUCACAAUGCUGGAGAAGAAACUGUCAUGACGCAAGCCUCAAACGACGCUUACGCUGAAUUCAGACGUCAAAUGUUGUCUCAAGUCAAUGCCACAAAGUCCAAACGCAAAAGUACCAACGAAAAUGGCCACAGCCGAUCCAACAGCGUCAACGGCGACAGUGACGACAACACUAUUCACGGACACAAUGGAAAUGACAGUGAUGUACCUGAAGCGACUCAUAUUCGUGGAACGGUCUCUGUAACGGAUAUGCGGCUGAUUAGCAACGAUGACGAUUCCGAGCACUCCGCCAAUGAUUCCAUCCACGCACCUAGUGGAGGCAUCAAAUCUCCAGCCAUUAACAAUAACGUCGGAGAUAUGUCUUUACUGGGGACGUCCCCCGGUGGAGGAAUGAUGCCCGUCUCCGCUAUGGCUGCCACGACUUCAGGCCACUCUUCAUCUAACGGAAGUGGAGGCAAAAAACGCGGACGGAAUGGCGAGGAAAUCAAGGAUGAAGCUUACUGGGAAAGAAGACGAAAGAAUAACGAAGCUGCCAAGAGAUCCCGUGACGCCCGACGUGCCAAGGAAGACGAGAUCGCUAUCCGCGCCGCAUUCCUCGAACAGGAAAACCUCAAGCUUCGUUUCGAGCUGGCCAAUCUCAAGAACGAGACGGCCAAAUUGCGUUGUAUGAUUUACAACAGUUAGAA